UGUUGACUGGGUAAGCACCACAUCAAAUGUUCUUAGCUGGAGCCAGCCACCAGGAUUUAUGCUGGAAAAUGGAAAGCAAAGUCAACUGGCGUCAACAACCUUCACCACAAUACUUCCUGCUCCAGACCAGCUGACUGUUGACUCAGUGGACACCACAUCAGCUGCUGUUAGCUGGAGCCAGCCACCAGGAUUGGACCAAACCCAACAUCAUUACCAGAUCUCCUACCAGUGUCCAGGGACAGAACCACACAUCACUACCACGUCUUCACACAGCAUCACUCUCUCUGACCUGCAAGGUGGUACUCAGUACUCUGUCACUGUCUGCACUGUGCUGGAAAAUGGAAAGCAAAGUGAACUGGUGUCAACAACCCUCACCACAAGACCUUGUCUCAAGGAGCUGUUGUCAAAGACUGGACUAGAAGAUCAUUAUGAAAACAAGCUGACGUUAAGUACUGUCCUUGAGAUAAAUGCUGAUACUACAUCAGAUGAACCUCUUACCACUAUGCAGUCACUUCCAAGGGCCUUCCUUAAGAAAUUAAUGAUGGCAAAUGUGAAUGCUAGGAGUGUGAAAUGUCUGACCACGGUUUCCCAUUGUGGUGUAGACAACCUGGACACUGACACUGAUAGCAGCAAUGUCAUUAAUCCACUGGACCUGAUAACGGCCCUGUUUCUGUGUUCAGAUGGUUUCCUGCAGCAGGAGAUGGUCCAGAAAAUGUCCAUGUGUCAGUUUGCUGUUCCUCUGCUGCUGCCCAACUGUGACACAAAACAAAGCACUUUGAUGCUGUGGGCCUUGAGGGACAUAGUGAGGAAAUUUAGACCCUCUUCCCAAACAGCCACAAAGGCUUUUGUGGAGGACAGAAUUGUUGUCUCUGAUAUUCCUAUGGUGUCCUUUGUUAGGCUAGGAGAGAGCAGCUUGUCCAAGUCUCAUAUUUUGAACAAGUUGCUUAGUAACCCUCAACAGUACCAUGACACUUUUGUUCAUCAUGAUAUGGAAUGUGGAGAUGUCCCUUUGCAAAUCUCAAAUGGACUGGUUGAAAUCAGCUGGUACUUUCCCUGUGGGAACAGAAACAUAGACAUGUUCACUAAACCUGUGGCAGUGGCCAAUCUCAGAGGAGACAUCAGGUCCUUUGAAACACAGUUCUCCUUUCUGUGUCAAACAUCAGCUGCAGUUUACAUUUUCAUUGAUGAUUUUGAGUCAGAUCUCAAGGUUUUGGAAGGAAAAAUCACAAGAACAGAGCUAUUUCUGGUUGUCAACUCUCAGAAUAAAACAUUCAGGGUGGACACAUUGAAGAAAAUGAUCACAAACUACAGUAUCAACCCAACAAAUGUGAUUGUGAAGAAGAAGCAGAAUGAUGCAGAAUUUGUCAAAACCCUGCAGUCAUCUGUGGGUGACGUCAUCGAAAAUAGUAAAAACAGAUUGACAAUUGAAAACAUGGUUGACGUGGCUCAUCAGUUUGGGAUUCUGGUUGAUGAAGACAGUGAUGACUGUCAGAGUGCCAGGAAGAUGGCAGAUGAAAUCACCAGGAACAUCAAAGACACAAUUAAAUUCAAAGACCAACAGCUACCCUUACAAGGGCAAAUCUGGAAAGAGCUUUCCCAGUUGGAGAAAGAGAGAUGUAGACUGAGAAAACAAGGGGAUCAAGACAUUGAACACUACAAGAGCUCUCUGAAGAAAAAGGAGGAAGAGCUGAGAAAGAAACAGUAUACAUGUGACAUGUCAGAUGCAAUGACAAGCUUCAUGUUAGGAAUGUCAAGAUCAGGACCUGAGCGUUCCUAUUUCCUCAAAUGGAUGCGGAUAAAUCUGGACAAUCUGUCACGGCAGAACCUGUCUGCUUUGCGGGACCAGUACAAAGAUCUUUGCCAAAAUUCUCCGGAGAAGAAAGACGACAUUAAAGAUUUGGAUAAGCAAUUAUCUGACUGUUCCUUAGGCCUUGAACACUUCCUGCGUGAGUUGGGCCAGUUAUAUGAGUCCGCCUGCUCCCUCCCUGAAGACAGUCCUCAAAGGAAACAGAUGGAGCAUCUCCCUGGAUUGUGUGCUCAAAUGCUGUUGGAUGGUUUCCCCAUUGAGCUUGUGGAUGGAGAUGCAUCAAAUAUCCCUCUGAAAUGGAUAUCAGCUGUUCUGACUCAGCUUCAUACUCUUGUGGACUCCAACAGCAAGAUCAGGGUUGUGACAGUUUUAGGGGUCCAAAGCACUGGGAAGUCCACUCUCCUCAACACCAUGUUUGGGGUCCAGUUUGCUGUCAGCAGUGGAAGAUGCACCAGAGGUGCCUUCAUGCUACUGAUUAAAGUCAACAAAGAACUCAAGGAGGAGUUGAAAUGUGACUUCAUCAUGAUCAUUGACACAGAGGGGUUGAAAUCACCAGAGUUGGCUCAACUAGAUCAUAGCUAUGAACAUGACAAUGAACUGGCCACACUGGUGAUAGGACUCAGUGAUGUCACAAUUAUCAACAUGUCCAUGGAGAACUCCACAGAGAUGAAAGACAUUCUGCAGAUUGUUGUUCAUGCUUUUAUCAGGAUGAAGGAAGUGGGGAAGAAGCCGAUAUGUCAUUUUGUGCACCAGAAUGUGUCAGACAUGUCUGCUCAUGACAAUAACAUGAGGGACAGAAAGAAGUUGUUGGAACAGUUGAAUGAAAUGACCCUGGCAGCAGCCAGAAUGGAGAAGAAGGAGAAUAUCACCAAGUUCACUGAUGUGAUGAAGUAUGAUCCAGACACAAGCAGCUGUUACAUCCCAGGACUCUGGCAUGGGACUCCCCCAAUGGCUCCAGUCAAUGCUGGCUACAGUGAGGCUGUGUACAGCUUCAAGAAGACCUUGAUGAAAGAUUUCAGAAAUUGCCAGAGUAAUCAUGACAUGACACAUUUCCUGAAGUGGACACAAAGUUUGUGGGAGUCUGUUAAAUUUGAGAAAUUCAUCUUCAGUUUCAGAAACAGUUUGGUUGCAGAUGCAUACUCCAAAUUGUGCUCUGAGUACAAUAGUUGGGAAUGGACCUUCCAGAAAGAGAUGUAUACAUGGAUGGUGAGUGCUGAAACUAAAAUGUCCAAUAUUGUCAUGUCAGAUCAACAUCCCCAGAGGUCCAUAAGAGAUGUGCUACAAGACUUAAUGAUAGAAGCAUCUGAGAAGUUUUCAGAGGGAGAAAAGGAAAUCCAAGACAAUCUAGUGAAAUACUUUGAUAAGCAAGAUGGCCAUGUCAAUCUGGUGGAAAAAUACAAGGAGGACUUUGUGUCCAGUGCCAAAACACUGAGACGAGAGACAGAAAACACAGUGAGAAACAAACUGCAAGGAGCGGUUGAAAUCAAAGAGGGAAUGAAAGAACUGAACAACAUCAAGAGUUCUCAGGCAAAUACAAUGGAAAAGAAGGUUCUGACUCUGCUACAGAACUGUAGAAAGAAAGAAUCUGUUUUAUCAGAUGAGGAACUCAGUGAAGAGUUUGAAAUCAUGUGGAAGAUAACUCUGUCUGAGAUGCACUUCAGAGGACUCCCAAGAAGAGAUGUGGCUCAAGAUGCCUUCCUUAUGUUACGUGGAAAUCUAUCAACAAGGGGUGGGCACAUCAAUAAGAUGUUGGUUGGAAACAACCUGGUGGAUUGUGGUAAAACAGAAUUUGUUGUGGAAACUAGAGGUUUAAGGAAAAUAAUUGAGGGCUUUGUUAAGCACUGGGACAUCAACCAUUACAGGAAUAAACUACAAGAGUUGUGUGAUGACAUCAUAUCACAGUGUCAGUUGUUUAUAACACAGAAGGUGGAAAGCAAAACAGAUUACCACAACACUUACAUCAAAGAGCUGCUGAACAAGAUUGAUGAAACAUUGCAACAACACAAGAAUGUUAACGUCAGUGAGGAAUGUGAGGUUUCUCUGAAGCUACACAUCUGUGGCAGAGCAGCCAUAGAGUUCCAGAAGAUGCAUGAUGAUUUCAUUGAAGUCAAUGACCCAAGGAAGUGUCUGGAACAGUCUAAGAUCAAGUACCUUACUGAGUUCAUAGACUUGUUUCAUAACCGAGAUCAGUGCCUAAAGAAAGCUGAGGAGUUCUCAAAGCUCUUACGACCAGCUGUACAGGACUAUGUGACCAAAAGUAUUGGUCCUGAUGUUGUUGAUGACAUAAAAACCGGUGAAGGGUCAGAGGAUUACAGCACAAGAGGGGCUUUCCAGUUUUCCAUUUUGAAACAACUCCUGACAGAUGGACAAUAUGAUAAAUAUAAAAGGUACAUAAACUAUUAUGAAAUGUUUGUGAAGGACUGGCUGUUUGACCAGAUUGUCCAACAAUUGUCAACGGACUGCAGACUGAAGAAAUUGGAAAAUAAACAUAUUUCAGAGAUAGUCAAGACGAUCACUGACACAAUCUCUAACAUCAGUGAAACAACUGGCACAAAAAAUGUAAAUGAUGUCAAGACAUUCAUUCAGAACAUCUGCAGUGCCCUUGAAGAUAAGCUGGUCCUCAAGAAUGCUCUGGGGUCCAUCUUGAUUCUGAACACUGCAGACACAAAACAGUUUGCUGUCUACCUCACAGAGUUUGUGAAAGAAAUAGAGCAGUCACUAGCAGCUACGUACGACAAGGAAGGAGACAUCAAAGAGAGACUCAGAUCUCUGCCAUUCAAGCCUCAGGACAAGAUGUUUACCAGUCUGUUUGGCUGUGGCAAACAAUGUCCUUUCUGCGGUGGACCCUGUGAAGCAGGAGGUAAGGAGCAUGCCCAACACUUUACAUCUAUUCAUCGUCCACAAGGUGUCAAGGGUUGGAGGAAUUUAAAGACAACGGUGUUAUGGACUAACAUAUGUUCCUCUGAUGUGAUUAGUGAAAACAAAUUCAGGACCUCCCUGACAGAAGGCAAAUUUCACCCCUACAAGGAGUACCAGACAUUUUACCCUGACUGGAUCAUAACUGGAGAUCCCAGCAUCAAGGCUUCAAACUACUGGAAGUACGUGAUGGCCACUUUCAAUGAGACAAUUGCUAAAGACACACAUGCACUCCCUGCUGAUAUCCCAGAGGACUGGAAUGCAUUAACAAGUGAUGACGCAUUGAAGAGCUUGAAAGAGGCUUUCAACGUGAAAUAAAGUGGGGUUCUACUGUGUAUAAUGACUCUUGUUGACCAACAUGUUAACAUAUAAUUGAACAUUCAAAGGCUUGACAACCAGAAAUAACUCUCAUGAAGUGGAUAUAUCACAGAAUCAAAAUAUAAGGAGCCAGUCGCCCAUACAAGAUAUUUUGA